GCUUUCAGAAAAUUUUAAUAACCGUUACAUAUCGAAAUCGUGAAAUUCGUUUCACACUUAACAAGGAAUUUACAUGUUCAGCACGUUCCUCGUACCAAGAUGCGGAUACCCUUGGCUUCUUACGCACAGACAGAACAUCAGAAUUAUCCCAUCGGUUUUGGAGCACCGGAUAACAUUCAAAUAUCUUUGGCAAACGGAAAUAUUAUGAAGAUUCCAUUGGCGAGCAUCAAUAUCAGCGAGGAAGUCAAUAAGAGUGGGAUUUGGCAACAAGUUAAUGAGAGUAACGAGAAGCAGAAACAACCGAAAUUAAUGAACGUAAGCAAAUCGAAGAAGCAUCUCAAGAAGGAAGGCUCGUUGCUGGUCGACGAAACGACGAGGCUGACGACGAUGACGGAGGAAGACGAAGAUGACAAUGGCAUAUCGAUCAAGGUAGAUCUUAUACGAUCGAAGGAGAGUAUCGGCCCAUUGAAAGUAAAUGGCACUACGUCGGCAGAGACAUCCGUUUAACGAGUACGAUAUCCUACGGGAUGUCAUCUCCAAUUUAAAAAGUAAAUUCGUAUCUGGUAAAAUUUCAGGGGAGGAAAAAAUAUAUGUAUACAUAUAUACAUAUACAUAUAUAUAUAUAUAUAUAUAUAAUUAUUUUCAGGUGACUUUUUAUAUGAAAUGACUAGAUUAGACGAAAAUCUUAGUUGCAUUAAAUACCGUUCCAGUAUAUAUGCAUAGUACGAUGGACCUCGCGAUCUUAACUUAAAAUGCCUUUAUUUAAACAAACAAUAAAACAAAAUCAAAAUGAUUUUACGAACGUCGAUCAUCAUACAAUCGUACGUUGUUAGAAGGUAUAUAGUUUCUUUUAUACGAGGCAUUACUUUCAGAGAAAUUUUUUCAUGCAACGUUGUCAUUUGUCAUUAACAAAAGCCAAGGAAUUUAAGAUCGUUUCGAUGAACAUUUAACAUUUUUGCAAUAGCAUUUAUUACGUGUUUCGAGUCUUUCAAAAGAUAGAAAGCGGAUAGUGGAUCGUUCGCAUUAUUCAUUGUAUACAAAUACAUGCAUACGAUAUAUACACAUAGUACAGACACACGUACAUACAUACAUACAUACAUACAUACAUAUAUACAUACAUACACAUAAUCCGUGAGAAACCGACAAUACUUACGCUUCUUUUCGUGUUACACCACGAUAAGAUUGUAUCAAAGUUGGUAAAGAUUAGAUUGGUUGAAGAAUAUUAUACUGGAGUAAACUCCAAAAGAGUAAAACAAACUAUUAGAAAAUAACGAAAAAGCGACAGGUACUUGUUUUGAUCGUUAGUUAGUACGAAUAAGGUGUUUAGUCGAUAAAUCGAUCGAUGAUCCAACGUACCGAUUAACGUAUUAAGUAUUCACGUUUUAGAGGCUUAGCAAAUUUUACGAUUAAGAGGCUGGAUGUAUAUAGUAUAUAUGUACGAAUAAAAGAAAAAAAAAAAGAUAAAAAAACAAAAAAGAUGCAAAAGAAAAAAAAAUUUGAGAGAAAGUUGUAUAAAUACGACGUUUAAAAUGCGUUUUAAGGCGAACGCAAUUCCAUACAAUCGAUGUAUUCAUAUCUCUGUCGCAAUUAUUUAUAAAUUCUGUUCUGAGUAAUGAAA